GUCAGUAGGAACAUGCUUCGCCUGCAUGCAUUGGUCACAUGUGCACACCCAUCCCUAAAUGGAACCUAAUAUAUAGUGGGUGAUAGGAAACCCAGCAUAUAGUGGAGGGAUCACUCAUACAGGGAUACUGCAAGGACCAUCACUUCAUUAUGGCAUCACUACUAAUGCUGGUGUUUUUAACUGCUCUCCAUGGGGUCCUCUGCUACCCUUCCUCAUUCAUUGACCUGGAAGCUAAAGGAAGUAACAAGUCAUCUAUCAGGUUCCUGGUUUUGGGGGACUGGGGUGGUCUGCCAUAUCCUCCUUAUAUUACCCCUAUAGAGACGGCCACUGCACGCAUGAUGGCCAAAACUGCUUCUCAGAUGGGCGCAGACUUCAUUUUAGCACUCGGUGACAACUUCUACUAUAAGGGUGUCAGUGAUGUCAAUGACCCUAGAUUCAAGGUCACGUUUGAAGACGUCUACACUCAGGAUUCUCUUAAUAUUCCAUGGUACAUCAUUGCUGGCAAUCACGACCAUGCGGGAAACGUCCUUGCUCAAAUCAAGUACAGCCAGAAGUCAAAGAGAUGGAACUUCCCCUACUAUUAUUAUGAGAUGAACUUCCGCAUUCCUCGAACAGACAGCACACUGACCAUCAUCAUGCUGGACACUGUGCUGCUGUGUGGAAACUCUGAUGACUUCCUUGACCAGCAACCCCAAGGUCCCCGAAGUAGCGUUCAGGCCAACAGACAGCUGCAGUGGCUUCAGGAACGUUUGGCAAAGUCUAAGGCUGAUUAUCUCCUGGUGGCUGGCCAUUAUCCGGUAUGGUCCAUAUCCGAGCAUGGGCCAACCGACUGUCUGCUGAAGAACUUGAGACCACUGCUUAAGAAGUACAAGGCUACUGCUUACCUUUGUGGCCAUGAUCACAAUCUACAAUACAUCAAGGAGUCUGGUAUUGGUUAUGUGGUUAGUGGAGCUGGUAACUUUAUGGAUCCAGAUGUGCGACACCGAAACCAGGUUCCUCGAGGCUACCUCAAGUUCUUCAAUGGAGACGCUGGCACCUUGGGUGGCUUUGCCCAUGUGGAGGUUAACAAGAAAGAGAUGACCGUUACUUUUAUCCAGGCUAGAGGAACCUCCCUUUACAGGGCUGUUCUUAAAAAACGUGAUGAUCUUUCCGGAGUGGGUGGCAAUGUUUGAAGCUCUUAUCCAGUUUGAGUCUUUUAGUGUUAUGCUAUAAAUUAGAUGUGCUCAAGAUUAAAUGCACACUUUGAAUCUUACGUUUUUAUAGAUUAGACUUUUAAAUGGUUUAACCAAAAAUGUUCUCUAUGUCUUGAACCUGUAAGUGUUUUAAAGUGAUUGAUUAUUAAAUAACUAAACUAC